CCGACACGGAAGGGUCCUUACAAACUAGCACACGUGUUUGGUACUAGUUUCCUUUCGAUCCUGCUUUGGGACCUGGGAAAGCUGGCCAUGGGGACAGCAAACAAGUGAAUGUGUAUGAGUAUGAGUGGGGUUCUAGGGUUUGUUGGAACAUGGGGUUCAAUGUGAUUCCAUAGCGAUGCAAACGGGUGUAGUGUUGGGGUUGGGUAACUGUUUGCGCUUGGCUUUGUGUCGGGACGAACCGGAAAUCGCGACACAGACAAACGGCCGAACCGUUGAACAACAUGUGCUUUCGUGUCCGCGCACAAACCUGGGGAGGGUUGCUGCGAUAGUAGUAGCGAUAGUAGUAGUUGCAAUAGUGAUAGUAGCAGCGGCAGCAGCAGCAGCAGGUUCGGGUCAUGGUGGCAAAGUGGAAGUUGAGCAUGUCCUCCAGCAGCGUGUACGGGAGUUUAGUGGUUGUUUGCUUAGUUUUGCUUCGAUGCUUAGCUGCUUAGUGUGUGGAAUGCGGACAGCGAUUUCGUUCUGACGUUCAACCUCUCCUUUUCUGUUCCGUUCCAAUCUUCCGAUCCAGCCAAAACCCAGUUGGUGUUCAAGUGUUGUGUAGUACAGAAGGACGGGGUGCGGACCCUUGCCUGGUGCGGACAGGCGCAGCGUGUUUAUUGUGUUGUGACUGGGCGCAGCAAGCCGCCGGAGAGGUGGUGCUGCAGAGAGGAAUGGAAGCUACAACUGCCAGAUAGUUGAUGCCAACCCACAUUGGCUCCGAAAGCAAGCCAAACUAGACCAGCUGAGCCAUCCUUUCGGGUGUGCGGGACUUCUAGGGCAAUGAGGUUUGAUUGGAUGGGGGGACGAAGCAUUGAGUAUCCGCGGCGUGAUCGUCAAUUUUUGGCUGAAUGACACAGUUCCACCACGCGGAGCGCCAGUGCCACGAGUGAUGUGAUUGAGGCUCACGAAUAUCUGUAGUCCAUCGCGCGAAUUACCCGGCCCCGGGUAACCUGCUUUCUGCAGGGUUCGUGCAGUUCCAUGGAAGGCUCCGAAGAGGGAAGAAGUGCGCCAUCUUCUGAAGCUUGAGCAACGACGUCGUCGUCCGAAACCGCACCGGCGCCAUGAGCAUGGAAGAUGAACUGAAUAGCUGUAGCAGCAGCGAUAGCGGUUCGAGCAGCGGGUGCCGAAUCAGCUGCAGCACCAGUAAUAGUGGGGCAACUGGGCGUAGCAGCAUCAACAGCAGUAGCGGUGAAAGUACACCCGCUGCCACCAGCACCACCAGUGACAGUGAUAAGGCCAGUGAUAAUAGCAGCAGUAGUUUGUGUAGUGAAAACGAUAAGGAGGAUAACGAAAGUGAUGCGGAACGGAAAGGUGUCCGGUCCGCGGGUGGUGCGCACAAAAAUGGCACAACCGCAAAGGGUGAAACGACGACGACGAGUGCUGCGAGUAGCGACACCUGCGAUAAGGAUGGUCCGGGCGGUGGCGGCCGACCGGCAACGACAGCCACCAUCGGGAAAGUUAUCGAGGGCAAUUUGGGGCCGCUGACAGCGACGGUGAAGUUUAUCAAUCCGUACAAAAACAACUGGAUCAACGCGGACCGGUUGAACGAGCUGCGGAAAAAGGUGCAGGACGCGACCAAGCACCAUCGGGUGUUUCUGCUCCGCGGUUCCUUCCACACCGUCCGCCGGGCGCUGGUCGAGCGAGGCUGGGUCGAAAAGUUGGACGGGUUCCGCGUGAAGGCGCAAGCGUCCACCUCCUCUUCCGGCUUCAUACUGGAGGAUUUGGUUUCGCAGCUUCCGGAGCGGAAGCCGGGCGAAUCGCGCAAGAACCACAUCGCCAAAUGCGAGCGCAGCAUUAUGUCACGCUUUCUCGAGCACACGCCGAUCGAUUUCCUGUGGACGGCCCGGCGCGAGAAGGCGGACUGGCUGGACUUGACGAAGAACUCGUCGCUGAUCAUCAACCGCUUCGCAAAAGCGCCGUUCACUACGAAGGAAGGCCUCUGCUCGGCGCUGCACGAUUUCCAUUGGUUCUACGAGGAGGGCAUGUCCGAGACCUACUUUCCCCGGUGCUACAACGUCUGGAACCCGGAGGAGUUGAACGAGUUCGUCGACAAUUUCCGGCUGACGGCGUCGAUGGGGCUGCUCAAGUGGCUCAUCGAACGGCAUGCGACCGAGGAAGGCCUCGACGCCAUCAUCGCAGACGAUGGCAACGUGCCGAGCACGUGCAUUACCUUUGCACUGACGCGCUGCAAGGAGUACCUGGACUACUGCCUGCACAACGACAUCGACAUUGAGGAGGACACCAAGGUGUGGGACCACGACUGGGACGUCUUCCUCACGCACCACUACCUGCUCACGCACGAGGACAACCGGAUACAGCUGCUGAAGGAGGAGCGCGACACGGACGCGAUCGACAACUAUCUCGCGGAGGCCAAGUCGGUGCUGGAGCAGAUCAAGAGCUACUGGCCGCAGUACGCGCUGGACGGGUAUCUGAACAUCUGGAUUGUGAAGCCGGGCAAUAAGUGCCGCGGGCGUGGCAUCCAUCUAAUGAACAACAUCAAGCAAAUCAUUGCCAUGGUAAACCCACCGAUCGUCAGCAAAACGCGAUACGUCAUACAGAAGUACAUCGAGCGUCCACUCAUUAUUCACAACACAAAGUUCGACAUUCGGCAGUGGUUUAUGAUCACCAGCGUGCAACCGCUCAACAUAUGGUUCUACAAGGAAAGCUACCUACGCUUCAGUUCGCAGCAGUACAAUCUCAUGAAUUACCACGAAUCGGUUCACCUGACCAACCAUGCCAUACAGAAAAAGUACCACAAUGCGGUUCGCGACGAGCGGUUACCGCACGAAAACAUGUGGGACUGCCACACCUUCCAGGCUUACCUCCGGCAGAUCGACAAGUACGAGAUGUGGUCCGAGCGCAUCUAUCCCGGCAUGCAAAAGGCAAUCAUUGGCUCGCUGUUGGCCUGUCAGGACAACAUGGACCGGCGGCCGAACACGUUCGAGCUGUAUGGUGCAGAUUUUAUGAUAACGGAAGAUUUCUAUCCCUGGCUUAUCGAGAUCAACUCGAGCCCGGACCUAGCGCCCAGCACAAGCGUCACGGCACGGCUGUGUCCGCAGUGCGUUGAAGACACGAUAAGAGUGGUGAUCGAUCGACGGACCGAUUCGAACGCUCCCACCGGUUCGUUCGAGUUGAUCUACAAACAGGUCAUACCGAAGACGCCCGCCUACAUGGGGCUCAAUUUGCAGCUCCGAGGACAUCGUAUCACGCCCAAGAGCUCCAUCAAGAAGGACCGCAUGCGAAUGCUUCCCCUGAAACCGGUCCAAAAUGUGCUGCAGGUAUCCCGGCUGGCUACUUCGGCGGCGGUUGUAAAACAAACCGCAUCGCCGGUUAUAAUGGAUCUGAUAGAGUGCAUGCAGUUUCGGGACGGCAAACCCGACGACGAUAUGCCACGGCAGCAUGGACUGGUGCGUGGUGCUUGCGGCGUUACCUCGGCCACGCUAUACAAGCGAUCUAACUUUUCGCACAAAAACAAUAACCUGCGGUACGAUUUUGAGAAGAAAAAGUCCUACAUCAUCUCGAAGACGGGCGAAUUGUUCCGGCGCAAUGGAGCCGGCAGCGGUUCCAAGUAUCUGACCGACGGGGACACGUACAUCGACAGUGUGGAGGCUUGGGAACGGGCCACGACUAGCUUCUUCCAGCAUAAUUUCUCCAACACGCUCAGUUCACUCACCGUUAGCAACGGUAGUAACGGUCGAGAACGAACCGGGUCGGAAUUAUCGGACGAAGGACAAUCUCGCCCAGCUCCCGCGGUGCCCAGUGCCACGGCAUCGGGCAACGGCUACUCUGCUGCUGGUGGGCCAAACAAGUGUACGAUCAAGAUCACCGACUGUGACUGUGAGUCUAGCAGUCAAUCGAAUUCGGACUCCGAGAAGCGUUCCACUAGCGUGGAAAAUCUGUCCACUGUCAACAGAACUCACACGAGCCAUGCACCGUCCGGUGGGUUUCCUGCAGCUAUUCGCUACAGCACGCGACACACCGGGGGUCGUAUGACGACCUCAAACAACUUCUACACGCUUGGAUUUAGCUUACAAACGAAACCUUCAAAGUCGGGGGCUUCGAGGACAGGCAGCAAACUGCAUCACGCACAAUCAGCCGAGGAUCUGCCCGCAUCGCUGGCAGGAGAACGUUCGUCCGCAAUGCUGCUGCACCCUGGUAGCGUAACGUCUUCGGUACAUCAUCGUACACAAACCACGAGCGGCGGCGGCAGCACGGUAGAGGCUACGGCUGGACCGACCGGCGGAGGUGGCACGUCGGGAGCUUUCUAGCAGCCGUGGAACACCGCCGCCCGUUGCUGGGGCGGAAAGAACGGUGAUGAAUUUUCUCAGCUACUGCUAAGGUCCAGCUUUGCACCGUACACCGGCAAACCGUCCUCCACGAACCUUAUCCCGCCUAUCUAUAGCUCCACCUGCUCCUCGACCUCGUCCCAGUCCUCCCCGUCGGCUAACGCAUCCUUUCCCUCCCAUUGGCACUCGCGCUGCAAUCUUCCCAUCACGCGCGGUCACUGUUUCAUGGGCAGCAGCUCUAGCAGUUCCCAUGGUUACGGCAUCAGCAAAGCAACAACCACUUCUUCCACCGCUAUAAGCAACAGCAUGAGCAACGGCAACAGCCACAGCGGCAACAGCAACAGCAGCUAUCAUACUAACAGUACUGUAAAACGUAGUAGACACAACGCAGCAACUCCCGCCACACGUUUCCACGAAACGCUUUUCCGUGUACCUCUGGUGAAAAUUCAAGGUUCUUCCUUACUUAAACCAAAUUGUUUUGUGUUUCAGUAGAUUCUAGUGUACGUUUACUCGGUGUAUAAGUGUGUUAUCCUGAUCCCGGGCGCGACAGCGACAGCAGCAGCAUCAGUAGCGGCAGCAGAAGCACCCACCAUUAGCAGUAGCGGCGGACACGUCUCCGUUCGAAGGGAUAUAUUAAAAUUUUUGUUGUCUCCAGACGCUCGGUCGAUUGUUGUGAGCAAGAGUUGUCUCAAUAUUUUAAGCCCAAAGCCAGUAGUUUAGCUAAUUAUAAUCUACACACGUUCGGUUUGGCUACGGCCAGCGUAGCGAUAACGAUACUCGAUAGAGGUGUUCACCCGUGGAUGUUGAACAGUUCCCGUUGAACGAAAUAGAUGAAAUGCAUUUAAAAAUCAAAUUUGUUACCAGUGAUGUAUGGGACAGUGAUCCCGGUGUUGAUCUAGCGGACAUAACGCUCGAGCUGGGCGAGAUCGAUUACGGUAGGCAACUAGAUCCACGCUUCGAGCAGGCGCCGGUCCAUCUUUCCAAACGCUUUCUCAAAAGUUUACCUCCAGUCGAACCACUGUCCAGUGCGCAGCGCACUUCCGCAGCCACUGGUACGACGGGCGAUGAUGGACGUGCACUAUCACCACUAUCGCGCCCCUUCCCAAACCCGAAGGCAAACCAGCAUGUGCACACAUUCCCGCGGAUGACUCCUCGGUUGCAUGCCCUGGAGGACGACGAUGAUUCGAACCGUACGCCAAAGCACAAGUUUUUUCGCAACUACAGCUUCGACUUUCUAAAGCAAAAGCAGCUGAAGACAAAGAUUGCAUCGGCAGUGGAAAAGAAGCACAUUUUUUCGAUCGUUGGCCACUACCCGGCGUUGCGGAAGGCACUCAAGACACGCCACUGGCU